CCUGACUGUUGAGCAACUUGCAUAUGAACAGUUCUCAGCAGCAAAAUGUGAUGUCAGGCUCCUCCCCUUGCAAGUCAGGUGUUAAGAUUUAAGAAUAAGAUACAGAGGAGAGCCCAUGCAGAGUGACAGAACUCUUCUGGUCAGAAGAGAUGAACUUAGAAGAAGUCAAUUGCCCAGCAGUUGGAUGUUGCAAUGGCAAACUGAGGCAAUGGUUGAUUGAACAGAUUGACAGCAAGAGAUAUCCAGGCCUAGUUUGGGAGAACACGGAGAAAAACAUUUUCAGGAUUCCGUGGAAACAUGCAGGCAAGCAGGACUAUAACAGAGAAGAGGAUGCUGCACUCUUUAAGGCAUGGGCUCUGUUCAAAGGGAAAUACAAGGAAGGUGUAGACAAGCCAGACCCCCCAACAUGGAAAACAAGACUGCGCUGUGCUCUAAAUAAAAGUAAUGACUUUGACGAGUUGACAGAAAGAAGCCAACUCGACAUCACAGAACCUUAUAAAGUCUACAGGAUCAUUCCAGAGGGAGCCAAAAGAGGUACAGUAGCAGGAAUGAAGAUGACCAGUGUUGAGGAUGCAUCACAUUCCUUUGGCUUUAUUCCUCCGUACUCCUCACUGCACAGCCAAGUACAAACGUAUAUGGUAUCCCAUGAGAGAAGGGACUGGAGGGAUUACAAACCACCAGAACAGCAACAUAUUCCUCCUCUACAUCACCGUGGACCACAUGGAGAGCUGCAGUACUUCCCUUCAUCAAUCAGCCGGCCAUGGCCUGAGUCACAGUCAGAAAGUGUCACAGGUUUUCAGUUCUCCUUCCACCCCUAUCUGCCAGAGACACAACCUCCUUUGUAUACGAUGGACCACAGCAAUGUCAUUACAGAUUUCAGCCUACACGUGUCCUUAUUCUACAGAGAGUCUUUAGUCAAGGAGGUGACCACCACCAGCCCGGAAGGUUGUCGGAUCACCCCUCCUUCACCAUCCUCCUCUCCAUCAUCCUCUUCAUCAUGCCUGCAAGACAAGUUUCACAGUGGGGAGGAUGUUGUUCUCUUUCCAUCCCCAUUUCCCGAGUCUCAAAGGCAGGGUGCAGAGAGGCUUCCUGAUAUCCUGGAGAGAGGAGUGCUUCUGUGGAUGACAGCGGAUGGCUUGUAUGCUCAGCGCCUUUGCCAAGGACGCAUAUACUGGGAGGGACCUCUAGCACCUUAUAUGGAUAAACCCAAUAAGCUGGAGAAGGAGCAGUCAUGUAAAUUGUUUGACACCCAGCAGUUUCUAAUUGAGCUUCAAGAUUUUGCCCACAAUGGACGACAUCUACCCAAACACCAGGUGGUUCUAUGCUUUGGAGACGAGUACCCCAACCCACAGCGUCCAAGAAAAAUGAUCACAGCACAGGUUCUAACUGGAAACUGCCCUGGAUUAAAGUGGAGCUCAUUGGAUGAUGCUGACACAAUGGAAAUAUCAGUGGUCUGUCACCAGGGAGAAUCCAGAACCUUUUAUUUGUUCAUCAAAAGGAAAGGAAAGGAGGAGGUGGAGAAGAAGAUCCUGGAAGUGACCCAUGUCACCUCUGUAGUCCCUUCCUCUCUUUAGGGACUAGAAGAGACAAGCACAGCAAGGAGGGAAGGGAGACAGUGAUGGAUUAGACUUUGCACCUAAAUGUUUCUCUUACUUGAAAUAGAAACAAGACAAUGAUGAAAACCUGUGGGAAUACCAUAUUAAAGAGACACUGUGUGUGUGUGUGUGUGUGUGUGUGUGUGUGUGUGUGUGUGUGUGUGGGUAGGAAAAGUCAUCUGAAUGCCUCGAAACAUCCCAAUGCCAAUAAGUUACUGGCAGUAGCAGCCUACUACACACCACGCCAAUUACAUUUUUUUCCUCUUCUUUUUAAAGUCUGCGAUGUCUACAACAGACUAAGUCUUGAGCUAUUUCCUUUCGAGUGGCUCCUCGCUUGAAUUUGGAAAGUCAGAUGGUGGUGGAGCUCUAUUAACAAAAAAAAUAAAAAAAUAUAGAAAACAGUUAUACUUUUACAUACAGUGCAAAAAUAAUUAUAAAAUUGGCAAAUAAUAUAAUAAACAAAUUUUUUUACCUUAUUGAAAGAAUCAUCAAAGACAGCAAAGGGCAUGCCACCUUUGUACUUAUUAUUAUUAUUAGGAUUAUUUCUUGAAUUUCUCACCUUUUUAAAAAUCAAAUUACUAGUACUAAACCCAAGUUGGCCCCAUGGUGAGUUAUUUAGCAGUCGCACACAAUAAAAAUAUGCAGACAAUGAGUCACCAAUAGUAGGUUGCUUUGGACAAAUGGACAAGUUCAAUAGCAUGAUAGUGUACAAAAACCGAGGCAAAAUUUCGGUGAACAUUUGAAACAAGAAACAAUAAUAAAAGAUAACCUUAUCAAGGGAUUAGCAAUUUCCACUCAUUGAUUAUUAUUGCUUUGUUAAAGCUUAAUCAACUGUUAUCAGUCAAGAUAGUGAGGCCACGUUUAUCAGUCUACAUUGUAAUGAGUGGGGAUCAACACAGUGAAGUUGAAGUAUCAACAGCAAAUGGAAACGUUGCUGUUUUCUCCAACUUACUGCAUGACAAUUCCAUCCGCAGUUCCAAUCUGAUAACUUGCACUCAUUGCCUUUAUAUUGUUUUAAUCAGGAAACACAAUCGCUUAUUAGCUGGGAUCUAACUGAGUUAUAUUCAUCUAUCUCAUCCCAGAUCAAUAGUGACGCUAGGAGUUUUAAUCACAACAACAUGCUUCCGAAAUGCCUUGCUUCCCUUGACAAUCGCUUUAAAACCAUAAUCCUCUUCUGAAAAAAAACAUUACCAGACUGUUAAGUGCAGAGACUUUAUUGCUGAUCUAAUAGAACGUGCACUCUUAUGCAAACAAAUUCAGCAGUUAAAAGCGUGUGAGAGAACAAGUCUAUCUCAAAUAUCAGCUGUCAGCUUGUGUCAAUGGACAAUCUGACCUUCGACCCCGCAGAUUUAAACCCUUCCUCCCGACAGCCUCUUUCAGUGGGCCAUUGUUUACUCUCUGGGCAGUUAACUCAUUUUCUUGUAACGUCUUACCUUCCGUACGCAUGCUUGAUUGCAUUGCAAAGUGUGUUUUUUUACAAAAACAAACACGGAUGAGAUACUGAAUAAUAAUUAAAAAAAAAAAGACGUUGUUAUCCUAUACUUAAGAGGCAUGGAGUGAGUUGAACAUGAGCGUCACAUCACUUGGAGCGUUUCUCUUGCAGGUGUUUAGGUGGUCUCCGUCAGCUAGUGUUUGUGCGCCAUGGCGGGCAGCGGCGAUUACAGCGGCGGCUCCUUUCACAGAUCGCCACUUGUAUCUCUCUGUUCCAUCUCCAGGCCCUUGGCUCAUAUAAACAUCCCCAAGUCCACUGGCCUUCUGAUGUGUUUUUUGCCAUUGUGUUUACAGCGACAAGUCAGGCAAAUACGUGAACUUUCAGACAAAAGGCUCUGAUGAGAAACAAUAGACAGUGUAGAGCCCGGCGGUCACAUUAACCAAAGAGAAAAAUUAUACAAGGGAAGAGGAUUUUUUUUUAUGAGAUUGACCCUUUGAA